GCGCUUUUCCCUUCUGUAUCCCCUAUAGCCUCCCAGGAUUUUUCAUCCGCUUUUUGCGCGCGCUCUGUUUGCUCCCUCCGGCCCUGUCAUACUUUCUAUACCUCCCAUACACCCAUACACCAAUCCGGCUUAUUUGGGCUUCCUGUCUUACAAUUGUAGAACCAUGUCGUCCCAGCCUACUACCCUGGAGCGUUUCCCACACAUCAAUGAUGACCCUGCCACCCUGUCCCAUGCCUUGGAUCCAUUUACUAUUACUACCUCGACGGGGUUCAUGCCCUAUGCUACGGCCCCUAGCACACUACCUGAUGUCUUCAAGCCUCUUUUGUCUCUUCUUGAUCGCUUCCCUGUUGUUAGGGCUGAUGGCUCACCAGGUCUCCUGGCCAAGUAUGAACUAGGCCCUGCUGUCCUGGCCGAGCUCCCUGACCUGACGGCUGAAGUGGACAAGAUUGUUACCGCUGAUGGCUCUCCUGACUUGUUCACUAUCACUGCCCUUUUUAGGGACUACUCCUUCCUUGCUUCCGCCUAUCUGUUGGAGCCAUGCUGGGAGAACUGGUGUAAGAACCCUGACAGGGGGUAUGGCUUGGGGAGAGACCGGUUGCCGAAGAGUGUGGCUGGCCCUAUGUACCGUUGCGCUCAGCUCCUGGACAUACCCCCUUUUAUGUCCUAUGCUGGAGCAUACGCUCUCUUUAACUAUACACUUGAAGACCCCUCCAAAGGCCUUCAGUACUCCAACCUACGUCUUGUCCGUGCCUUUGAGAGGGGCCUUGACCCCAAGAGCUCCGAGGCAGGUUUCAUCCUGACUCAUGUCGACAUGGUCAAAGAGUCUUCAACCCUUGUCGCCGGUGCUCUCAAAGUGAUUAGCACCCUUGAACAAGGUGGCUCUCGCGAUGAAGUCAACGAUGGUUUCCGAGAAAUCCUACGCGCAAUGGAAAAGAUCGAGGCCAGUAUGGAAGAGAUGUGGUCUCAAUCAAAACCAGCCGACUAUCUGUCUUUUCGUGUCUUCAUCUUCGGAAUUACUUCGCAAUCGAUGUUCCCUAACGGAGUCAUCUAUGAAGGCAUCGAGGACAAUAAGCCCCUUUACUUCCGUGGAGAAAGUGGCGCCAACGAUAGCAUGAUUCCCCUUCUUGACCAUCUCUUACAAAUCCCCAUGCCAUCGACCCCCCUGACAAAGAUUCUUCACGAAUUCCGUGCCUACCGCCCCUUGCCGCACAGAGAAUUCCUGGCACAUAUCAAUUGCAAAUCAGCCGAACUCGGUGUGCGCGACUACGCCGUACAGGAUACCGAGACUACCGUUCUACUACUAAAGACGCUGGACCAUGUGAGAAGUUUUCGGUGGCGGCACUGGUUGUUCGCGAGAGAAUACAUCAUCCGUAGGACUCCUCACCCAACUGCUACGGGUGGAAGCCCGAUUGUCACGUGGCUCCCUAAUCAAUUGUCCGCGGUUAUGGAUUUGAUGAUCUCGGUCUACGAUACUUACCUGUGCCCUAAGGAAGGCCAGAAUGGAUCCAGCAAUGUGUUAUCGUCGUAUCAAAAUCAGGUGGCACCCAUCAUGGAACUGGUCCGCGAUCAAAGAGAGAAGCUGGCAAAAGAAGUUGACCGGUGGUGCAAAGAGAGGGGGGUAUAAUACUGAUUCUCAUAUACCUGCCCUGAUGUAAGGCAUGCAUCUUUCCCAGAAGAUAGAAAUAUUGGUUGGCUUUUUCUUUUCAUGUGCCAUCUCAGCUUGUCGUUAUUGCUUCGGCGUACUAUUCUUCUGUUCACUGUGGUCUAUUCAUAGGCAAUACUAAGAUAUCGGUUGUUCG